ACUGCCGGAAACUGAAGAAGAAGAAGAAGACGAAACCUAAGGUUCAUAGAACCAAAGCAACCCGACGUGGAAGUAGUUCUCUCGUUCAGUAGAAAAAUAACACGCAUUUUGGAGCAAAUAGUCUGACAGACAGAAACCACAACUAGGAUGGCCUCUGCUAACACUUCCUGGUCUGAAGAGAACCUUUCAUGUACCAUCUGUCUGGAUGUGUUCAACAGUCCAGUUUCUACACCAUGUGGACACAACUUCUGCAGAACCUGUAUUAAUCAUUUCUGGGACGAAAAACUUGAGUACAAAUGUCCCCUCUGCAACGAGCUUUUCCACACGAGACCUGAUCUACGGGUCAAUACCCUCUUAUCAGAGGUGGUUGAUCGGUUUGGAAUGUCCGUACGAGUAAAAGAGGAGCCUUGUGUUGAACCAGGAGAAGUUCCCUGUGACGUCUGUACUGGGACCCAGCAGAAGGCUGUGAAGUCCUGCCUAGUGUGUCUUAUCUCUUACUGCCAAACCCACCUGGAGCCACAUCAGAGAGUCACAGUCCUGAAGAAACAUCCGCUGGUCGAGCCUAUGGACCAUCUGGAAGACAGGAUGUGCGAAAAACACGACAGAAUCCUGGAGCUCUUCUGCAAGAAGGAACAGGUGUGUGUGUGUCUGUUGUGCACAGUGACGGACCACAAGUCACAUCCUGUUGUCCCUCUGAAGGAGGAAUAUGAAGUGAAGACGGCCCAGCUGGGGAAGAUAGAGGCUGAAGUCCCACAGAGGAUCCAGGAGAGAAAACUAAAGAUUAAGGAGAUGAAAGACACAGUGGAACUGAGCAAGAAAGACGCAGACAAAGAGAUAGCUGAUGCUAGGCAGGCUCUCACUGCUCUGAUAGGCUGUGUUGAAAAAUGCCUGGAUGAUUUCAACCAAAUGGUUAAAGAGAGGCUGAAAUCCACAGAGAAACAAGCUGAAGACCUCAUCAAAGAGCUGGAGCAGGAAGUAGUAGAUCUGACCAAGAGAAUGUCAACGGUGAAGCAGCUCUUACACACUGAAGACCACCUCCACUUCCUCAAGGCCUUCAGAUCCCUGAAGGAUCCUCCCCGCAACAGAAUCUGGUCGACGGUUGCGGUCCGUCCUCCGUCUUACAAAGGGGCCUUAGGGAGGUCCCUGCAACAGCUGGAGGAGACGCUGAACGUCGAGAUGAAGAAGCUGCGUUCUGGUGAUGAACCGAAGAGGGUCCAGAAGCAUAAAGUUGAUGUGGCUACGGAAUCUCGUACAUUUCAUCCCCGUUUCGUCAUGAGUGACUGGAGUUGAAAAAGGAUACAGGAUGGAGGCAUUUGGAAUAAUUUCAAUCGCCAAUGUUCGGGAUUUAGACAGCAUUUAUCUGUUCUUGCAAGGCAGUGCUUCACCUUCAACGGGAGAUCUUACUUUGAGGUCCAGGUUAAAGGCAAUACUAAAUGGAAUUUAGGAGUGACCACGAUCCCCGGGUCAAUAUCAGAUCACGUCACAUUCAUUCCUAGCCAUGGUUACUGGAUUCUUACCUACAACAAGGAUGGGUUGGUAUUAGUGAUGACCCUGCUGUCCGUCUCCCUCUGAAAGCUAAGCUCCAGAAGGUGGGGGUGUUUGUUGAUUAUGAUGAGGGUCUGGUCUCCUUCUAUGAAGUGGAAGCCAGGGUUCAUAUCUACACUGCUACUGGCUGCACCUUAAGUAAGCCUCUCUAUCCAAUCCUCGGUCUAGGGAAUAUUAGCGAAGGCAUAUCAUCUGCAUGUUUGAUCAUCACACCUGUCAAUCAAACAAACUAGGACCUUUGAUUAUAAAACGAACAAACCACCAAAACAACUAAUGUUGUUUCAUGACUUAGAAUCUCUACCAUGUGAGAUCCGAGAGAACAUAACCCUGACAUUAAAAAAAUACCCUCUUUGUAAAGAAUAACAUUACAUUAUAUUCAUCAUAAAGGUCGUAAAGGUUUAUUGUUGUACAAUUGUUUAUGGGUGCAGUUAUGUAGAACUAGUUUCGGGGUUAAUGUGUGAAUCAUAAUAAUCUUAUCAUUACUAUUUGUUUAUAUUUAGCACUCAUGAAUGACGGCACAAUAUAAAAAAACGCAUUUCUGAUUUCAAUAAAAAUGGGAUAACAGCUGAUGAGUCGAUUACUUUUAAUGUCCAAUAUAAAGUACAACAACCCAACAUUUGUAACAAACUUACACAAAGGUCACAGUGACAACAUGUUUGUUUAAAGAUGCUCAAAUGUUGGUUUGGUUCCAGUGUGUCCGCCUGACCUGAGCUGUUCUGGCCGGUCCACGGUUGCAUGGUGAAUCUAUGUUUUCUAUGAAGUGUGACUUUUAAUGCGACGUCAACACAAGCGAGCAAUACACUGCCACACCUGACCACGGUUUCUGCUCGGACACAAAUCCGAUUUCUCCGGCCACUUCUGCCCUUGGAGCGCAGAAACCCUGAAGAUAUUGUACAUAAAAAUGUAAAAGGUCCAGAGUAAAUACUCUUAUCUUUUAUGUUAAAAAAUAUAUAAAUAUAAAUAUGUUACAAGAUUUUAAAACGUAGGUGAUUUUGUAACAUGAUGAGGUGUCUUACUAGCGAACAUUCACGUUGUGUUGCAGUCACUCGAAUGGCUCGUUGGUUAUUUUCUAUAUUCACCAUCAAAAUAAGCUUUAAAAUACUGUUGAAAUUGUUUUGAGAUAAUGAAUAAAUGUUUUUACAUUCCAAAAUAUAAUUAGAUACAAAUUAUACAGUGUUCCGUUCAAUUAUUCACGUGUUGUGAAUUUCAGUUUAAAUAAAUACUUUCAAGCGUACAUGUUUACGAUCCAGAGUCCUUGACGAUUAACUCAAUGAAGUGAUGUGAUGUCAGGUCAGCACUGAGGGACACUUACCUGCUGCAAUAACUCUUUCUACUUUAAAAGUAUUUUAACAACAGAACCAAACA